AUGAUCAAUUUCAAGCUUGUCAAGACUGUAACAUAUGUGGAAAUAAGCCCGGAGUUCCUCACAAGCCCUAGAAAAGCUGUCUCCAAAUGUAUAGCAUCUAAGCUAUUAAUAUAUUCUCACAAAAUCAACGGGAUUCCCUUAUCAUUUGACAUCAAGGAGAUUGGAUGUGCUGAAGCCUCGAUUUGUGAAACAGGAGAUGUGAUUACUCCUGUGUCCGUAGAAUAUGUAGUGCUUGUAAUGCCAGUCGGUGGGAUAGUGAACUCUGUAGAAGGAAGGGCAUUUGGCAUCUUCAACACAGAUGUCGACGGGAACAAAGAGUACACAGGAAAUUUCAUGGUUAAGGAGAUAAAGCUAAAGGCAAAAUCUUUUUUCACAAUAGUAGGGACAAGGCCCUGA